AUGACAUCGCAUUUCAGCAGCCUACCUGCUCACAGAAGUUAUAUUUUUUCACUUUAUAGGGAUGUCCUAAGGAAUAUACAUCGAUGUUGUUAUUCGGUAGAAUUGCAGAAUAUUUUAACUUCCAAGUUAAAUUUAACAAUGAAACAGCAAAAGGGGACAAUGUCAAGUUGGAAAGCUCAUUCGAAGAUUAAAGAAUUGGAAGAACUCAACGAUCGUCUGAUAAAUAGAGAUUUACCAUAUUUGAAAGAACUUAUUAACAAUUUAUCAGGUAAUAAAAUCAACUCCACACAACCGAAUCAAUAUGUGCAAGAUCUCAAAGAGGCAACUAAUUUAAUCAAUGAAUAUCAUUCAAAUAAUUCACAAUCUAUAGAAACUAUUAAAAAGAUGGAUAUCUUGAAUCGAUAUAUCAAGACUAAACAAUCCAAGCAUCUUUUGCCCAAGGAAAUAUCAAAUGUCUAUAAAGAAUCUCUUCUGUUACCAUUUGCUAUUCACGAAGAUUCAAUUUACAAACUUAAUAAACUUCAUAAUCAAUUAAUAAGAGGUCCUCCAAGAGUUCGAUUAACGAAUACAAAAGCAGGUAAGAUAACAAUUUGGUUCCUCAGAAGUGCAUUGAACAAAAAAGAUAGACAAUCCAAAAAAUUGAAGUUGAGAAUUGCCAAAGAGAAACAAAAGCAUCAACAAAGGAUAGAUAAUAUUAAAACCUGUGAAAAAUAUGCAUAUUGGGCUCUAUUAGAAGCAAGUUGGGAAUCUUUAUUAAACACAGGAAAGUUACCAACAAUAAAUAUAAAUAAAACAAUCAAUAACCUAUCAACUCUUGACAAUGAAGAUAUCAACAUCAAUAGAAAAAACAACCAUCAUAUCAAAGAUAUACACGUUAAAGAAUGGAUAGAACCAAUAACAUAUUCUAUUAAACAACUUGUUGAUAAAGAAUUUGAAAGGAAAUGUCACUAUGAAAACUAUAAAAAGAUAAUUCUAUAUGGGAAGAAUAAUGGAUUAAUUGAUUUUUUUGAAAACAAGACAAAAGUAAUGUAUGCAAGAAGAGUAUCUAGGUAUAAAACAGUAGUAAAUGGAUUACCAUUUAUUAUACCCACUAUUCCUCGGAGAGAUUUAAGAACAGCCUUGCUUGACAAUAAAGUUUUGCUUCCAUAA